AUGCCUCUUGCAGCGAUCGCACAAUUCACAUCCACCAACAUUCUCGCCCAGAAUCUCAAAAUAUGCCAAAACUUCAUACAUACCGCAGCUUCCAAAGGCGCUGUAGCUCUCUUCCUCCCCGAAGCCUCGGAUUACAUUUCCAGCAGUGUGGAGGAGUCUCUCACUCUCUGCCAGCCCGUUGACACAUCUCCGUUUGUCCUUGGCUUGCGGGAGGAAGCGAGGAAAUGCGCUUUACGGGUUAGCGUUGGCAUACACGAGCCUACAGGAGAUGGGUUGAAAGAGAGGGUCCGGAACACGAGUAUUUGGAUCAAUGAGCGUGGGGAGAUAACACAGAGGUACCAAAAGGUGCAUAUUUUUGAUGUAGACAUUGAAGGAGGGCCAAGAAUUCUUGAGAGUCGGAGUACGGAACCUGGAACUGUUCUGACACCGCCGUUUGAUACACCUAUUGGGAAAUUAGGUCUAUUGAUCUGCUUCGACCUUCGGUUCCCAGAAGUCUCGCUAGCCCUCCGACGACUGGGCGCCUCAGUUUUAACCUACCCCGCAGCAUUCACAGUUCCAACUGGACAGGCACACUGGGAGACACUAUUGCGUGCUCGGGCUAUUGAAACACAGAGUUGGAUUAUCGCUGCAGCUCAGGUCGGUAAGCAUAACGAGAUGAGGAAGAGUUAUGGACAUGCGAUGGUAGUAGACCCUUGGGGAAAAGUAGUUGCAGAGUGCUUGGAAGAAAAGGAGGAUAUAUGCUUUGCCGAAAUAGACAAUCAAAUGAUAGCGAGGGUUAGGAGGGAAGUCCCGCUGAAGAGAAGAUUGUCAGUUCCCCAUUUAUAUUCAAAUAAAAAUUAA